CUAAAAAAUCGAUGGAUGGAGUGGGACGCCGUAGAGCCGUGUCCUUUCUCAAAGGGGGACUUGAGAAAAUUCUUUUCGCAACAGAUCACUGAAUUCCUGGCCGAACUCUUGGAGGAAGAGGUCAGCCUUUCAAAGGUCCAGGCCAUGCAAACCGUGUAUGAUUUCAAUAGCUACAAGAACUGCGAAAUACGAUUCAGGUGGCUGCGACUGUGUUUGAAAGCCAAGUGGGAGGCUCAAGUGCCUCUGGUCCUCCAGUUCGUGACAGAACAAGGACGAAUGAAAUACGUUCGACCGUUGUACAGGGAAAUGUACAAUUGGGAGGAGAUUCGACCACGAGCGAUUGAUCAUUUCAAGAAAACCAGGUCAAGCAUGAUGAGCAUGUCCGCCACCAUUAUUGCCAAAGAUUUACAUUUGUAACUUGUGCGAAUCAACGACAACUCAUGCAACUUGUGAACAACCAUUAAUAUUGCUUACCUACGAUCCAACUUUAUUCCAACUUAUGUUUUAGAUUUAUUUACUGUAAAGUCAAAGUCUUUGGGAAACAAUAAACACUGGGUCAAAAGGAAAUAAUGAGGAAA